AUGAGUAAGAAUGAACAAACAUAUAAUAAAAUAAACAGCUGUUUAUUUCACCACCAUUUUCAUGGAGCAUUGAAAAUCAAUACAAGAAAAAAGAAUCAUGAUCUGGAAAUUAGUAAGUUUGAACUUAAGAGAGAAAGGAAAUUCUUACCUGUAUCCGGCACUGACGGGAUUGAGAUUGUGCCAGGCAAUCGAUUUGAAAGAAAUCCACGUAUAUUAGUAACUACUUUUUGGGGAGAUCCGCUAGCGGCCCCGAAAAGUGAUCCUCCAAAUUUAGUAAACAACGCGGACGGUGAAGAUUCACCCGUGGUGUUAUUUGAACUUUCUUCUUGUGACGCCACUACUUAACAAAAAAAUCAACUUUUCACUCUUUCAAUUAAAUAAAUUUAAUUUUAUUAAACUUUAUCACUUCAAGAUGAAUUUUCCUUUGAGGGAUAACAAAACGUUUGAUUAAAAAGCUUUUUCAUAACAUUUUUUCUAAGUUUUUCUAAUAUUUUUCAUUUCUAAAAUGGUUGCCUUUUGCACAGUUAUGGACCACCAUUUAAUAUAUUUUUUGGCUUCCACUCUUUUUCAGUUCUUUCACACACGGGAUGCCGAGAGGACUACUUGACCUGGUCGCAGCAAAACGAAACUUCUCUCU